UCCAAAGCAAACCAUCACUGAUUCAACUUCCAAGGAUUUGAACUUUCACGCGUGUUCCUUCCCUUUUGUCCAAAAGAGUUGACACCGAUAAUGUAUCAGUGGAACUUACCGUACCGGAAAGAUGACUUGGAAGCUGGCGGUGGCUCAAGGUCGAGACCUUUAUACCCAACCAUGCAUGAAACUCCGGAGCUCCGGUGGGGAUUCAUACGCAAGGUUUACUCUAUAAUCGCCUUUCAGCUUCUAGCCACCAUCGCCGUCUCCGCCACUGUUGUCACCGUCCGUCCAAUCGCUCUGUUUUUCGCCACCACAGGCGCAGGACUAGGUCUCUACAUAGUCAUCAUCAUCACCCCCUUCAUAGUGUUGUGCCCGUUGUACUAUUACCACCAGAAACAUCCGGUGAACUACUUACUCUUGGGGGUGUUCACUUUGGCUCUGGCUUUUGUCGUUGGACUGACAUGUGCCUUUACCAAUGGGAAAGUGAUUCUUGAGUCAGCAAUCCUGACGACAGUUGUGGUGCUUUCCCUCACCGUCUACACCUUCUGGGCUGCUAAGAGAGGAUAUGACUUCAACUUCCUUGGACCAUUCUUGUUUGGUGCUCUCAUCGUGCUCGUUGUCUUUGCCAUGAUACAAGUUUUUUUCCCGUUAGGGAGGACAUCGGUGAUGAUUUAUGGUUUCUUGGCAUCGGUAAUAUUCUGCGGGUACAUAGUCUAUGAUACAGACAAUCUGAUCAAACGUUACACAUAUGAUGAGUAUAUUUGGGCAGCGGUUUCUCUCUACCUGGAUAUCAUCAAUCUCUUCUUGUCUCUUCUUACUAUAUUUAGAGCUUUACAGAGAUAGACGAUUGUGAUUUGUGAGGUUGUGAGGAUGUGGUAGCUAGUUAAAAUGUUCAUCUCUCGAAACUGUUAUAAUAAGGAACGUGUGGAUUUUUGUAUAUAUUAUGGUUACUUGUUCACACGUUCAUGUGAUUGU